AAUGAAUAGAAAUUAUGGAUAAGUGGAAUUUGCAGUUUAAAUAAUGGAAUAAGAACAAGAAGAUUAACCUUAAUCUUUUUUUAAGCUUGAAGUGGGAAUUGAAGAUUGUUUACACUUAGAUUUUGAACACUUUAAAUCAAGAUACAAUUUAAUGGAUGUUGUGACAGGGAAUGUGAACUUUUAUUUAGUUUAAAUAAAAAUAAAGUAUAUAGAGUUAACUGUGAUUCGUAAAAGAGUAGAUUGGAUCAGGUACAAAUUAGUAAACUGAAAAUGAUAUACUUGUGAAAUAUGAAU